AUGACAAGGUGCAAGCAAGCAAAGCCCCAGCACAUCCACCCAGAGGAGGACUGUGGCGCGAAGCCGCCACCCCAGCCGGCCCCGGGAUUCGUAGCCUCAGCAGCGCCGGAGGCGGGGGAGCCGGGUGCUUCAGUGAACUACCCGGGGACUGGUGAUGGCAUGAAUGGGGGUCGAGCGACAGUAAAGAGACCUCAUCAGGAGGAGAUUCACUUCUGUGAGAAAUGCUGCGGAGAGUUCUUCAGCAUUUCUGAGUUCUUAGAACAUAAAAAUUGCACUAAACACCCACCUGUCCUCAUCAUGAACGACAGCGAGGGGCCGAUGCCUUCCGAAGACUUCUCCGGGGCUGGGCUGAGCCACCUGCCACGCAGUCCAAGCAUUAAGGACAGUCACAGGGAGAGUGGCAGCAGCUCAGGGGACAUGAAGGAGAAGCCAGGGGCGGAGUCUGUCCCGUUCUUAAAGAUGGCCCCCCUGCCACCCACAGCCCAGGACUUAAGCUAUUUACCCAAAGGCAAAGUAGCCAACACUCUUCAAGCACACCGGGGCACCAAGGUGGCAGUGAAUCAGCAGAGCGCGGACACGCUGCCCACCCCCCUACCCGGUGCCAACAGCAUCCAGUGGGUCCUGGAGCAGAUCCUGUGUCUGCAGCAGCAGCAGCUACAGCAGAUCCAGCUCACCGAGCAGAUCCGAGUCCAGGUGAACAUGUGGGCCGCCCAUGCCCUCCACUCCGGCGCAGCGGGAGCCGACACCCUGAAGACCUUAGGCAGCCACACAUCCCAGCAGGUCUCUGUAGCUGUGGUUUUGCUCCGCCAGAAAACUAGAAGCCAAGGUCUGUCCCUGGACACCUUGAAACAAGCCAAGCUACCUCACACAAGCAACCCUUCCACCACCAACUCGGUGUCCCCAGGGCUGCUGUCCUUUGCCCUGAGGCCGGAUGGGACAAGGGUGCUCCCAAACCGCAUCUCCGGUGCUUUGCUACCCCCAACCCCAAGCUCUGUGCUCUUCCAGAGCCCUUUUUCCACACUGGCGUUAGACCCGUCUAAGAAAGGGAAAGGCAAGCCACCCAAUGUGUCCCCAGUGGAUGUCAAACCCAAAGACAAGGCCACCCACUACAGGCACAAGUGUCGGAGCAAUCUCCCAUCAGCAUUUGUCCAAGCCCAGCCAACCUAUGUGAAAGUGGAAGUUCCUGGUGCAUUUGGACCCAUGACCAUGACCCGCCAGGGCAAGCAGCAUGCCUGCAUACAGUGCGGGAAGAACUUCUCGUCAACCAGUGCCCUCCAGAUUCAUGAGCGGACUCACACUGGGGAGAAGCCUUUCGUGUGUAACAUAUGUGGACGAGCUUUCACCACCAAAGGCAACUUGAAGGUUCACUAUAUGAUGCAUGGUGCCAACAACAGCUCCGCGUGCUGCGGGAGGAAGCUGGCCAUGGAGAACACCAUGGCUCUUCUAGGAACAGACACAAAGAGGGUCCCAGAGGUGUUUCCCAAGGAAAUGAUGGCCCCUUCAGUGAACGUGGACCCUGUUGUGUGGAACCAGUACACCACCAUGCUCAACAGUGAUCUGGCCAUGAAGACCAAUGAGAUCUCAGUGAUCCAGAGUGGAGGCAUCCCGACUCUCCCGGUGUCCCUAGGUGCCAGCUCCAUUGUCAGCAACACCACCGUCUCCAAGAUAGAUGGCUCCCAGUCAGUUAGCAGUGAUGUGGAAAAGCCGGGUGCUGCUGACAGCGUCCCCAAACACCAGUUCCCUCACUUCCUGGAGGAAAACAAGAUUGCGGUCAGCUAAGCGAC